UGAACUCUUCUUUUUUUUUUUUUUUUUGGUUAUUUUUUUCGGAGCUGGGGACCAAACCCAGGACCUUGCGCUUCCUAGGUAAGCGCUCUACCACUGAGCUAAAUCCCCAGCCCCUCCUUGAACUCUUCUAAGACAGGCCUUGAACUUGUGAUCCUCCCAGGUAGCUGAGUGGCAUACCUGUGAAACCAGGCAGCUUCAGUGCGAACUUCUUACCCACAAUAUUAACAGAGUCAGCAGAGUGACUUUGUUAUACAGGACAUCAGGUUAGUGGACUAAGAACUUGGGUAGGUUUUUCCUAUUAUGUUUCUGUGUUUCAUUUUAUUAAUUUCCACUCUGGAAUUCAAUAUCUUAUUUUUUUGUGAUUGGAGUGGUUCUGUUUGUCUCUCAUCUUUUGGAGUAGACACUGAAGGUAAUUGAGAACUCACAUUGGACAUGCUAUAAUCACCCUUUAAUUUUGCUUUAGCUGCAUCCCCAAAAAUAUGAGUUUUCAUUUUCAUUACUGUAAAAUACAUCUUAAUGUUUUUCUUCCCAAAGAGUUGUUUGGUUUUGAGCAAUUUGGGGGUUUCUAUAUAUCUUUCUACUAUUGAUUUAUAAUUCCAUUAUGAUUAGAAACCAUGCUGCGUGUGUGUGGAGUCUUCCGAGCUUUGGUAUCUCCUGGCAGACUAAGCCUGCAGUCAUAUUCGUUAUCAAGAUUCAGUUAGGUCAAAGAUGGAAAGCACAAUCAGUGAAGGGAAAACAGGUGCAGGCUUCAAGAGUGGAUUCCGAUAAAGGGUACUUUAAAGUUUAAAGUUCUUCUAGAAUCAGACUGUGUGAGGUAUGCUUUACCUAGGAGCUCAUCUUGUCUUUUUUUUUUUUUUUUAAAGCAACCUGUGCAUUUAAAUCAGGACUCUGUCAGGUAGGAGUUGUCUAUCCAGUGUGUUGGAAUCCAGCUUGGAUUAUCUCCACCUCCCUUUGGUUUGGCAAGACAGAGUUUCUUGUGUAGUCCUGGAACUCAUUCUGUAAACCAGGCUGGCCUCAAACUCAAGAGACCUGCCUGCAUUUGCUUACCAAGUGCUGGGAUUAAAAGUGUGCACCACCACUGCCCAGCCAAAAUACUGUCUCAGUUUUUUUUUAAAUUGUGUAUUCAAUUCUUACAUACCAAGUCUGUUAUUUUUCCUUAAAGAUCUAAAUUCCUUUACGUGGUAAGGAAGUGUUCUGCCACUGGACUAACCCCUUAACAUGUUGGUUUUCUUUAAAAUGAGUGCUGGGGGGCUAGGCAUAGUGGGUCACACCGUUAAUCCCAACAUUUAAUUUUGCUUUAGCUGCAUCCCCAAAAUCUGGGAGGGAGAAGCAGGUGGAUCUUUGAGUUGGAGGCCAGGUUGGUCUACACUCUAGAGUCAGUUCCAGGACAGCAAGGGGUACAAGGAGAAACCAUCCUGAAAAACCCAAAAUAAAUAGACAAACAAACAAAUAAAGUGAGUUAGUUAUUUGUCACUGAACCUAGGGCCCCAUUAACUGUUAGGAAAAUGCUGGGCCACUGCUGUAUUCCAGUGCUUUUUGCUUUUUAUUUCAGAUUACUAUUUAUUUCUCAAUAAGUUGACAAAGCUUUGGGCCUUGAACUUGUUUGAUAGCCCAGGCAGGCCUUGAACUUGUGAGCCUCCUGCCAUAACUUUCCAAGUAGCUGGGAUUAUAGGUUUGUACCAUGAGGCCUGGAAACAUUUUGAGUGUUUGUUUGGUUGGUUUUUGAGUCAAGGUUUUCUAUGUAGACCGCAAUUGGCCUUGGCCUCACAAAUUCUCCAGCUUAUGCUUCUUGAAUAGAUGGGGUACCAGGCCUGUUUAGGAAUAUUUGGGGGUAGUUUCUGACCUUUGACUUCUUGAGUAUAACAUCAUGACUGCUUUUAAACAUAAGUAGUUUGGGGCUCUUUUCCCUGUUGGAGCUGUUCACUGUCAUCACAAGGUGGGGAAGUAAGACUCACACAUGGCUUCAUCAUUUUUUGGCAUAUUGUGUAGGGAAGGAUAGGAGUGAGAGAUAGUUUUAAAAAAUUAACCAGUUAUAGGCAGAAAAGUUAAAGAUUUAAAAAUUUUAUUUGUAUGUGUGUGUGCCUUCAUGAGCUUAAGUGUACUGUGUGCCUGCAGUGGCCAUGGAAGCCAGAGGGCAUUGGAUACCCUGGAACUACAGUUAGAGGUGUUCAUGAGCCACCUGACAUUUGUGCUAGGAACUGAACUUGGUCCUCUGCAAGGGUAAUACACGCUUCUAACUCCUCAUCUCUCUAGCCCAUUUCAAUAAAACUCUGUUUAGGUCAGUAAUCCCUUCUUGGAAACUCUAAAAUCCCCAUAUGUUUAGAAUUCAGAACUUGUCUUUUUUACCCUUGGGACAUUAAUAACCAUUUAUGACUGAGGUGCAGCAGCCGGGUGGUAGAGCACGUGCCUAUAACGUGCAAAGCUCUAGGUCUUUACCCAGGAGAGAAUAUCAAAAGCCUGUAUCGUAUACUGUGUGCCCUGCAGGGUCACGCUAGGUCUUCCUACUCAAAUACAUCAAUAUUUUGGCCAUCACAGUAUAGCUUUUCUUAAUAAAAUGGGUAGACUAUAAAUAGUUUGAUGUCAGUUCAGGUCAGAUUAUGCUGCUAAUCAAAUUCACAUUGAAUUUUGCCAACAAGUGAAUUCAUAGAAAGCGUUCGGUUUCCACAAAGUUUUACAUUUGGGGAUUACAAUAAGGGAGAUUUUGUAGACUGCGCUCACCUCCUUAGCUCUCAUGUUCAGUUACAUUUGUCACCUUCAGAAAGCGACGCUUGCAUUCCUCUUUUUUCUUCAAGAGGAUGAGGUUAAAUCUGUUCUCUACAGUCCACUCAAUAGUAUUAGGACACCUCUUCACAGAGCUUGGUACCCUAGGCAGGUACUUGUGACACCUCCCAGCUCCUUCCUAUCAUGGCAGGCUCAAGCAAGGACUGCUGCUGCACUCUCCUGCAGCCUCCUCUCAGAGGUGCGCCCGGUAAUAAAUAGUUAGAAACAACGAUCUUCAGUACUCAACGCAUCACUCACUAGAUCUCCGUUCUCAAGCAGGAUUGGCAGACUUUCUUUGGACUUACUUUCCUAUUGUUAGUCUAUGUACCUUAAAAAUAAAUCUUUGUGGGCCCUGGUGGGUAGCUUUUUGGUACGGUGGUAGCAUGUGAGAGGCCCUGGAUUAACCGUGGCCUGCAAAUAAACAAAUGUUUAUUAAGAAAUCCAUGCUGGUGUAAAAUUCCAAGUAGUGUAGAAUAUAAUUUAAAAAACCAUACUUUUUUGAAGACAGGGUUUCUCUGUGUAGUCCUGGCUGUCCUGGAGCUCAGACAUGAGUUCUGCUUCCUGACUGCUGCUUCUGCCUCCCCAAUGCUGAGGUUAAGGGCGUGUGUCACCAUGCUGGCUCACCCCACUUAUUAUUGGCCACUUACUUUGUAGCAGUUUGUAUCUUUUGUAACUGAUUAAUUUUUCUUUUGUUUGGAUGUUGCAUGGGACAGUUUGAGGAAAAACUUUUUAAAGAUUUAUUUAUUUACUGGGAGAUGGCAAUGCAAGCCUUUAAUCCCAGCAGGCAGAGGCAGGCUAUCUCUGCGUUUCAGGAUACCCAGGGCUACACAGAAACCCUGUCCUAAAAAACUAAUAUAUAUAUAAAAAUUUAUUUUAAGUAUAUAACUGUUUUGCCUGCCUGUAUGUAUGUGUGUUGUGUAUGUGCUUAGUGCCUGUGAAGAUCAGAAGAGUAUGUAAGAGCUCCUGGAACUGGACCAAACCCAGGUCUACUGCAUGAGCAACAAGUGUAUUAAUUGCUAGACUAAUUCUCUAGCACCCCCCCCCCAUUUUGUGUAUGUGAGAGGGAAAAAGAAUGGGCUCAGAUGUGCCACAGUUACUUGUGGCGUUCAGAGGACAACUUGAGGGAGUCCGUUCUCUCCUGCUGCUAUAUGGAUCCUGUAGAUUGAAAGCAAGUCCUAGCUUGGCCUCUGCUCCUUGAAUUCUGGGAUUAUGGGCAUAUUCCACCACUUCUGGCUAAAGUCAUGCUUAUUACACACACACACACACACACACACACACACACACACACACACACACACAUUUUCAAUAUUUAGAAAUAUUCUUGGGAAUAUUUUUGAGUACCAUUUGACUACGUAUCCCUGAGUGAGAGCCCACACUAUUUUAGUAUUGUAGCUUUGACAUGUAUUUUUUAAGAAGUAUGUAGCCACAUUAUGUCCUUUCCCAAUGUAAACAUUUUCAACAUUAAAUCUAAAUUUCUUAAAAUAGUAUAUAGCAACAUUGAAGGUCACAUCUGUACCCAGAUGCUAGCCUUAUUUCUUGCCAUUUCCUAUAUAUAACUUAUCAAUAUCUGUAAGAGCUGAAUGAUAAGGAAAAGAUGCUUUUAGAGUCAGCAGCAUACAUGUAUGCAUGUACACACACACACACACACACACACACACACACACACACACACACACACUCAUUCUUUGUCUUUGUGCCUCUGAGGGCCUCCACACAUAAUUUUCCAGUGCUGUCUUUAUCUCCUGUUUGCUAUCUAAAGCUCCUGCCACAGUAUUCUUGAUCACUCAGUUUGUGGGGCUUGGGGUUGAGGCAGGGUCCUAUGACGUAGCCCAGGUUGGCCAAUCCUGCCUCAGGCCUUCCAGGGCUGGGAUUUUAAGAGUGUGCAACCAUGCUCACUUUUUAAAACAGGUUGAAAGACAGGAGAGAUGGAUGGCUCAGUGGUUCUUCUCUUCCCACAACCCAGGCUUGAUUCCCAUGUACACACAUGGUGACUCACAACUGUCUGUAACUGUAGUUUCAGGGUAUCUGAUGCCUUCUUCUGGCCUGCACAGGUAUCAGGCACGGAUGUGGUACACAGAUAUACAUGCAGACAAAACACCCAUGUCCAUAAAAUAAUAAACAGAAGUAAAUUAGACUGGAAUACUUCUAAGUACCUGAGUAUCUGAUCCUCCCUGAGUGCCUGCAUGCUGUUUUGCACAUAUUGUGUCCCUUAGUAAACUCCCGAGGCUCAGCUUGAGUGCCCAGUGGAGGAGCCUUCCCGCCUUGUCUCCUCAUCAGACUUCUCUGCUGCUUUCUUCUGUGUGUGAGCACCCAUGUUAGUACAACCACGUUUUUUUUCAUAGUGGUCAAAUGCCUUACACCUUGGCAUUCAAAUUGCAUUACUUAAGUGCUCAACCUGGCUUUGUCUCAUUACACUCUGUGACCUCCAACCAUUAUUUAGCAUUGCUAAGUCUCGGUUUCCAUAGGCACAGCAUUGGGAUAAUAAUUGUGAGUCCUUUGUAAGUUUCCUGUGAGACCUCGGUGAGACAGGACCUCUGAAUGCUUAUCCCUCUUUCAGCUCACAGGGGCCCUCACUAAGAACUCCCCGUUAUAUCUGCUGCCACUAGACUUUGUAUAAGACUUGCUUUUAUUAUCUCUGAAACUUAAUCCUUCGCCCAGCGUCUGGCAGGGAGUAGACUGAUGAAUAAAUUACCAGCUGUCCUCAAAACUCUCCCCUUCCUGUUUCACUUUCUCUUCAGUGUCAUCUUUACAUUUUCUUAGUAUCAAAACAAAAUUUUCACCCCCCCCCCCCCCCCCGCUUCCUUCCACCCUCUCCUGGAGACCGCCUCCGACCCCUUCCCAAUAAACCUCCCACAUAAGAAAAACAAAAACAAAAACAAAAACAAAAAACAAAAUUUUACUGUUUAUCAUGAACCAGGCACUGUGCAAGGCCCUGGCUCUGUGAAGAGAAACAUAUAUUCUCCACUCACUGGAGCUUGCAGUAGAACAGGGAAAGUCAUUUAAAAAAGAAAAUAAGAACUCUCCUGGCUCUACUUUUCUGCAUAUUUAUAAAUUUUCAAAAUAUGUUUUAAGUAAAUAUGUAGAAAAUAUUUGACGUUGUGAAGAAAAUAAACACAGCCCUUGUUUGGAGCUAUCAGGGCGCCACAUCAGAGUGGUCAGGGAAACCCUGGGAGUUUACCUUUAAGCUGAGACUGGAAAUUGAGAAGAAGCAGCCAGGUUGGGGGGGGGGGGUCUGACAGAAGGAGUAGCAAGAACCAAGCCAUGGAGGGAGCCUUGGCUGAGCCAAGGACCUGGAGUGUGUGGCUAAGGAGUGCAGAAGGUGGAGAGGUGAGUGGUGCUGAAGAGCUGGUAAGCUGCAUGUGUGCCACCCUGAAGACCAAGGAAAAGGGCAAGCAGGGGCUCAGAUUCAGGGUGCUGGAAGAGUUCUUCUUCUUUCCUUUGGUCUUGGGAAUGGAACCUAGGUCCUUGGGCAUGUUAAGAGCUUGUUGUACCACAGAACUAUACCAUAAUUCCACUGGGGAAUUUUAAGUAGGGAGCAAACCAGUCUUUAUUUUUUUAAAGGUAUGUGUCCAAGAGACUAGAGGGAGACAGAGGUUUAGGGAAGAGCAGUUUAGGGAAGAAACGAGUAUAGCGAGAGUGAUGAACACAUUGCGAUGUAUUUUGGGAAUAGACCGAGCGAGAUUUACUGAUAGAUUGAAAGUAAGAGAAGAUGGGAUAGGAAUCAGGUAUCUUGCCUGAGGGUUCUCUGGUGGAUGUGCCUGUAAUCCCAGUACUUAGUGGUGAAGGCAAGAUGCCCAGGUUGUCAAGAUCAUCCUUGAUUACACAGCAGAUUGGAGACUAGUCUGUGUAAUAGAAGACCCUGCCUCAGACCCACAAAUAAUCAAGAUUUCUGUCUUGAAAAGCUAUAUAUUAUUUACUGAGAUUAGUAAAGCAGAUAGUUUGGGAUGAAAUCAGAGUUAAAAUUUGAUCAUGUUAAGCAUGAGAUGCUCUGAGGCACCUGGUGGAAAUGUCCAACAAGUAAGUGAAUGUAAGAGGACUCGGGGUCCAAAGUUCCCAGCAAUGGAUACAAAGGUAAAAUUUUUCAUGUAGAAAAAUUACAGAACCACAGGAGUGGAUGGUGCCAUUUAAUGAGAAAGAGGCUUGGUACUGAGUUCUGAAUGAUUGUUAAAGUUCAAGGGUGAGGUCAGAGGAGAGUGAAAGAGAGAAGAGAAAUAAAACACAUGAGAAAAAAAUUAAGAGAAUGAAGGAUCAUAGAAGCCACUGCAUUCCCAGCCAAUGCCUGGAGCAGCGCCCGGCCAGGGCUGCUGUUAGUACUUUUUGAUUGAAUGAAGUAAAGAGUGAUCAUUUAAAGAAAAGGGAACAAUUCACAGAAUGUAUUGCUACUAGAUGAGGGCAUGAACUAUUCAUUGGAUUGACUGUCUGGAUGUUGCUAGAGAUGGAGGCAGAAUUCUUGCUAGAAUUCAUUGAACAGAGUGUGCAUGGGUGGUGAGAAAGUGCAGACAGCAGCAGACUUCUGACACUUGACAGUUUGGCCGUGAAGGGAGCAGAGAAACAGUGUUAGCUGAAGCUGAUGUAGGGGGAUAGAGGGCCAAAGAAUUUUCCCCAAGUUAGCAUUCUCACUACUCAUAUUUGCCCCUCUUUCAUAGACACCUCUCUCCUUUUUCCCUCUAUGCCUGCCUCCUUCCUCCUCUUUUUGACAGGAUUUUGAAGCCCAGUUUUGACCUCAAACUCUCAGUCCUGCUUCUUUCUCCCUACUGUUUGGAUUACAGGUGUGUGAUAUUAUACUUGUGUAGGGGAGACAUUCUUGUGCUUCUGAGUUGUGGAGGAGAAUGUUCUAAAACAGAGGGAGUGAUGGUUGGUUGCAGAAUUGGAGUUUAUGAGAGAAAGCAGGAUUAUCAGUGUUCUUCAGAAGGGAGAGGGAACCUUUUGUUGUGGUAUAGAUAGAAGGGAUGAUGGAUGAAUAUUUGGGCAGGUUUAUAGAACUGGUCUGGAGUAGAAGACAGGGCACUAGAUGUGUUAUGGCCUUUUAGUUCUUGGUGAAGGAUCAAGAAUAUUAGCUGAAAGGCCAGGGAGGUACAGGGAGGUGUGGUUCAGGGAGGUGUGGUGCAGGGAGGUGUGGUGCAGGGAGGUGUGGUGCAGGGAGGUGUGGUGCAGGGAGGUGUGCAGGGAGGUGUGAUAUAGGGAGGUGUGGUACAUGGAAGGGAAUGGAUAAGAGGUAGCCUUUUGGGAGAAUGAGGAAUUGGAAAGCCAUCUUGCUAGAAAAAUUUGGUAAGACUGCAAAUUAAGAUUGAGCAUCCUUUUUUUUUUUUUUUUUUGGUUCUUUUUUUCGGAGCUGGGGACCGAACCCAGGGCCUUGCGCUUCCUAGGUAAGCGCUCUACCACUGAGCUAAAUCCCCAGCCCCCGAGCAUCCUUUUAGUAACCUUGAGUAUUUAGUAAACAGUGAAUUAUAUAGUAAAUUAUAUAGUAAACAUGCUGAGUUGAGUGCUGAUCUCUGCCCUUGGCAUGGAGAAACGGUUUCCUGAGAAGGGGAUUGUGGGUCUGGGGAUGCAGCAUAGCAGAGAACUUGCUAGCAUGCUUGAGGCCCUGGGUUCAAUCUCAGCAUUGAGAAAGGAAGAAAAAAAAGUAGCCUUAACUCACUAAGUCCAGGAUUGUAGCAUUGAGAGGAGGGACAUUGGAAGAGAAUGGAGAGUUCCUUCAUGAGAGUGGAUAUUUGAUUAACUGUGACAUUUAAGAAAAAGUCAAGUGAAGGAAGAGGAAAAUGAGGCCCAGGAAUAGCCAGCAUCAUAGCAAUUACAAAAUAGUUUUCAGGGGCACUUGAGUGAGUGAAUAGACAGGAAGAGCCGGAAAGCAGACUGUUUGAGGUUGAAAGGGGCUCAACAAUGGCUCCACUUUCAUUCUUUUACACUGAAUUUAAAUUACAACGUCUCUUUUGAGUUAAAUUUCCCAGUCACUGUUACAUAAAAAGUCUCUUUACAGCAUCUUAUUAGUAGGAGCUGGAGGAAAGUACUUGUUGUAUAAGUUUCAGGACCCAAGUUCGAUCUCUAGCACCCACAUACAAGCCAGGUGUGGCCAUGUGCAUCUGUAACUUCCAUGCUCAGAUUCAUGGGGGAGACAGGUGGGUUCUGGAGAGGCUCACUGUCAGGUCAAUCUGGUUAAGUUGCUCCAGGAUCAGUGAGAGAUGUCUCAAAAAAUAUGGUGGAGAGGGUAGGGGAAAAACACCCAAAGUUGACCUCCAGCAUCUACCCACUUGUACCCAUACAUACAACAUUUUUUAAAAGUGGACAAAACCCCAACACAUUAGAAAGUAACUCAUGCAAAUCCAGAUGGUGAACAUGGAAUGUAGUUGAGAAGCCGUAAGUUUAAUAUGCAGGCAGAAUAGCUGCCUUCUGCAGGUGCCUUCUGGAAUGUUUUCCAUUUUCGUCUUCGUUCAAUUUUGAUUACCACUUCCAUGUAGUUAAGAAAUUUUUGCUAACUUUAUGUGAGCAUGGAUGUUGAUCUGUUUUUGUUGGUCUUAUUGCUGAUGACACUGAAAUAUGUGCUAGAGCAUGUAAGCAUAAACACUCGUUCCAAACAUGUGGUUUGAACAUCUAAAAUCAUUUCCAAGAUGCUAACUAGAAUGUUGUCAGUUAAUGACAUCAUAAUCUCCAGAAGUCAUUACCACUUACACUAGCACAAAAGCUGUCGUUCGUGACAAGGAAAUGCUCUUUGGCUUAUUACAACAGCCUCAGACUCUUUCUUACUUUCGUGUGCUUUUAUCAAGGAGGAAUACAUUAGACAAUUUAUAAUGAAAAUAGAACUUUAGCUAGUUGCUUUUCCCUUACACGUCAGAAAAUUGAGAAGUAGUAAAGAAAGAUGCAGCAACUCCAUAGUGUGUUGAUGCCUCUGUUCUUAAAUUCAUCCUUAGGUAUGCAUCUCCUGAUGGUGGGAAGGCCAUCUUUCUUCUUGACUCUCAGUACUACCUCACCUUCUCAGUGUGCCUUGUUAAAUAUGCAUCUCACUGGUCAAAGCUGUGACUUGUGGCCAUACCUAUUUAUAAAAAAAGUUGUGAAUUGUGAAAGGUCCUGACUUUAUUGAGAUGUGAUUUACAUACUAUAAAUUUUACCCAUUUAGAUGUAAAAUUAAAAUAUUUAAAGGCCAGGUAUGGUGCCACAUGCCUUUAAUCCCAGCACUUGGGGAGAUGUAGGCAGGCAGAUUUCUGUGAGUUUAAGGCCAGCCUGGUCUACAAAGUGAGUCCAGGACAGCCAGGGCUACACAGAGAAACCCUGUCUCGAAAAACAACAAAACAAAACAAAAGUUUGGAAAGCUUAGUUGGUAAAGCACUUCCCACCAGAGCAUAAGGAACUGAGCGAGUACAAUCCUUGGGACCCAUGUCAGUAGCCAAGUGGGACCCACCCAGUAAUCCCAGAGUUCAGAAGGACCCAAUGGGCUCACAAGCUGGCAAGCCUAGCUCAAUCAGUGAGCCCCACCUCCCAGUUGAGAGACCCUGUCUCCAGAAAGAUCAGGUGGAAGCUCAAGUUGACCUCUGGCCUGCACACCCUCCCAUGUGAACACCACAUCCCCACAGCCCCCCAAAACCCUUUUUAAGAGUUGGGAAUCAUGGUACAACCCUGUGCUUCUAGCAUGUGGGAGGCAGGGACAGAACUGCCAUGAGUUCAAGGCAGCCUGGGCUGUGUACCAAGGUAGGAAGUACAAGCCAGCCACAACUACACAGCAAGACUGUCAUAAGCAGAAGAAAACACAUGAGCAAAACCCACCUUUGUUUUUAGUAAAUAACACAGUUGUGUAAUCAUCACAACUCAACUCUAGAACAUUUCUAUUCCCCCAAAAUGAUCUCUUCUGUCCUAUCAUUGUCAAUUCAUUUUUACUCCCUGCCCCAAGAAAUGUCUAGUUCACUUUCUGAUUAUGUAAUAUGUAAUCUUUCAAACCUACUUCUUGUUUUAAGAAAAAGAUUUAUUUAUUUUUAUAUAUGUGAGUACACUGUCACCAUCUUCAGACACACCAGAAGAGGGCAUCAGAUCCCAUUACAGAUGGUUGUGAGCCACCAUGUGGUUGCUGGGAAUUGAACUCAGAACCUCUGGAAGAGCAGCCAGUGCUCUAACCACUGAACAAUCUCUCCAACCCAAGCCUACUUCUUUUACUCAGCAUAUUUUUGGGGAAAUAGUGAAAGUAUGUGUCAGUAGCUCAGUACUUGUCCUUUCACCAGUUGGUGGACUUUAGACUGCUUAUAUUCCUUAGCUAUCAUGAAUAACGUUACUGUGAACUUUAAUGUAUAUAAGGAUUUGGUUAACAUUAUAUAAAACACUAAUUAGACAAGUAAAAAAUGUCUAAAAGUAAAAAUUACAAGUUUUCAUGGUAAGACAUUUUUAACUUAAAAUUGACUGUCUUAUCCUAAACCACAUUAGGUAGAAAUUAGAUUAUAUAUUUCUUACAAAAUUUGUUAUCAGUCAGGUGAUGCACGCCUUCAUUUAACCAACACUUGAGAGGCAGAAGCAGGUUCAAGACUAGCCUGGUCUGUAGAGCUAGUUUUAGGACAGCCAGGACCAACACAAAGAAACCCUUGAAAACCCCCAGUUUUUUUGAGAUUUUAUUUAUUGUUAUAUAUUAUGAGUGUCUCCCCACAUGUGUGUCUGUGCACCUUGUUUUUGCAGUGCCCAGAGGCCAGAAGAGGACAUCGGAUUCUUUGAAACUGGAGUUACAGACAGUAGUGAGACUGUCUCAACAAAGACAAAAUAAAGAGUCUACCUAAGUCUAGCUCAGUGAAAAAGCUAGUUUACGGGUUAGCUUAUGAGAACAAAGAUGGCUUUCCAGGACAGCCCUGUCACCACAAAGUCUCACGCCACCAUGAAUGACAACUUCCCCAUAGUCGUAUAGGUAGAGCCCUUCCUCAGUUAACCUUCAACCCUUUAUAUGCUAGCACCUCCCUAGACUCGGCACAAAAGUGCAGAAUUCCUUACAGUUGGGAUCAGGGCAGAGGAACUGGUGGCUGGAAUCUGCUGAGGGUCUCUUGCAGGUAGUCACAGCUGUUCUGGCUAAGACGGCAGUGGUCGUUGUGCUCAGAGGAUAGGGUUCCACAAUGCCCAUGUGCCUCCUCAAAGAUGUAUGCCAUCACACCAUUUACCACAGUCACACAGCUAGAAAAUGGCGGAUCUGGAACUUGGACAGAGCAAUCUGGAUGAGUCCCUGGUACAAAGAUUUACAGUAGGAAAGACAGCGGCAGGAGCGUGAUUGCUAGGUCUACUUGGUUUUCUGUCAUGAAGUAAAGAAAGCAUGUGGUUGGGAGUGAGUGUGGCAGACCAGUCUUGAAAAAGGUGAGUGGCAAAGGUCGGCACCUGAAGGGAGAGCUCAGCCACCUGGAGUCUAGACUCUGUGUCUAGUUGGUCCAGUUUUCUCAUCCACACCCUUCAUUUGUUUCUUUGUUGAGGCAGAGUCUCACCAAAGUUGCUCAGGCAGUCCUUAAAUUGUUAUCCCUCUGCCCCAGACUUCAAGAAGUACAUUUUGUUUUGCAUUUGUUUGUUUAUAUUGUGAAGAAUAUCACACAAUCAGAAAUAUACAAAAGAGCACGGGUGGCUUAGUGGUAGAGGUUUUCAUGGCUAGCAGAAGGCACCACGUUAAUUCCCAGCACCCUCCCACCACAGGAUGUAAGAUGCAGACAAAAUUGAGUGAAUUACUUUAAAGUAAUUUUUAUUUUCUACACUGCGGUGACCCUUUGGAACCUUUGUCAGUUAUAGUGGUUGCCCUCCUCCUUACAUGGUAACUACUUUUUCUGUUUUAUUUUCCUCUCUACUUCACUCACCUGUGUACAACUAAACAAACACUUCUGGUUGGAUUGGAGCACUGGAGCCAUACGCCGUGCACUGCUUUUCUCUUUUCACUGUGCGUUCCAGUUCACUCGUGUUGUAGUGUGGCCUGCAUUUUAUGUCAGGCUGUGUGGUGCUCCAUGGUGUGAACGCUCUACAGUGGAUUACUGUUCGGCUGCUGAGAGUUGGGAUAGUCCCAACUGACAGUGUCAAAGAACAGAAGUCACAUCAGUAUAGUACAAAAACAAUAAUAAGCUUUAUUUUAUUUUGCCUUUUAAUUUCCCUUUAUGCUAGGAACGUAGUCCAGAGCUUCUUGUAGGCUAGGUAAGCUAUACCCCCCACUACUUUAGGUCCAGCCCAUAUCUGUUUUUAAUAAUUGGUAACUUUUAUAUCCUGUUUUGAAAAUUCCUUUUCUAUCUCUAAAUUUAAAAAUCAUUAUUCUAUAAUACUUCUAAAAACAUUAUUACUUAUAUUUCAUAUUUAAGUACAUAGCUUCUCUGGAAUUGGUUUUUAAAAAGAUUUUAUUUUUAUUACUACUUUUUUUUUAAAGAUUUAUUUAUUUAUUAUAUACAUUGUAGCUAUCUUCAGACAUACCAGAAGAGGGCAUCAGAUCUUUUUUUUUUUUUUUUUUUUUCCCCGGAGCUGGGGACCGAACCCAGGGCCUUGCGCUUCCUAGGCAAGCGCUCUACCACUGAGCUAAAUCUCCAACCCCAGAUCUUAUUACAGAUGGUUGUAAGCCACUAUGUGGUUUCUGGGAUUUGAACUCAGGACCUUUGGAAGAGCAGUCGGUGCUCUUAACCACUGAGCCAUCUCUCCAGCCCUUUAUUACUACUUUUAGAUUACAUGUAUCUGUGUGUCUGUGUGUGAGUAUGUGCUUUGGGUGCAGAUGCCCAAGGAGUCCAGAAGAGACUGUUAGGUCCUUUGGAGCUGGAGUUACAGACUGCUCUGAUCAUUUGAGGUGGGUGCUGGGAACAUAACUCAGUUCUCUGCAAACGCUGUCUUGACUGAGACAUCUCUGGUUCCUGGAACUGGCUACUAUACUUGGUAAUUCUUGACUGAUUUUUUUAGUGCUUCCCUAACUUCAGGGCUUUUUUAUUUUAUGUUUUAUUCAGAGUUUCUGGCUGUCCUUAGCUAGCAGGGCACUUGGUCUGAAUCAUCUAGUUUAUAUUCCCAAUAUCAGAAAUACCUUUUGAAGCUUUGGUUUCAUUUUGACUUAAAAAAUGAUCUGUUCUUGUACAAGCCCUGGGCUCACUCUUCAGCAUAUAUCCCUUCCCCCCAAUCUGAUCUAUCUUGUUACUAAAAAGUGUUUAAAGGCCUGAAAAACUAUUUUAUAGAUUAAUGCCAGUUUCUAUUUUUGUAUAUUACUUUUUUUUUAAGAGACCAAAAGAGGUUUCUGUUUCUUCAGUUUCUUCUGGGUUUAAAACUCCGUUAGUGGAGAACUUGCUGUAUUAGCCGGACAUGACUGUAUUUAUGGUGGUAUAAUUUCAGAACCCUAAUCAUGAUGGGAAUUGAAAAAUAAGCUCCCAAACAUGGACUUGACCGUUAGAGCAGUUUAACCAUUACCCUGGUCACAGCCGUAAGCCCCCUUUCUCUGUUUAUUUGGAAUUUAAACUUUUCUUUUGGCCAAAGAUGGACUGUAGGCAAACCACAUCCAGAAUGCUUUUAGUUUGUAUCACAGAAUAUGAAGACAAUGUUUUUGGUUGAUGGCAACUAGAUCGGUGACAUAUGAUGCUCCAGGAACUGUUUUUACAGUGCUCAAGAUGCAUAGGGACAGAAUAGCAAACUCACAUGAUCGUUGGCAAGGAAAAACUGGCUACGUGGCUGAAGUUAAAUUUGCUUUUGAAGCCAGUCAGACCAAGAAGUGUCUAAAGACUUGGAAGCUGCAGUGGGGAGAGGACUUUGCAGUUAGUAAACAGUAGCAGGAAGCUGUAGCAAGGCCGUUGUUGGUAAGCCAUUUGCAGCUUCUAGCAGCCGAACAGGGAGACUAGAGAGGAAAAGCUGCCACAGCCUUCAGGGAAUCUUGCUCAAGACAGUGAAGGUGAAGAGGCUACCAUUCCACAGUCUUUCUUUCUGGGCCAUCUUGCUGUCAGUGUGACCCUGCCUUGUCCUGGCAUUCUUAUGCUGUGAGAUUUACCAGGGACUGAAUUAGCUUUGUUGAUGUUGGGCUGCCCUUAGAUGUUAGGGUGUACCACUGGCCACACAAUUCCUUCUUGCUCAGCCCUUGCUUAGAUUAUACUCAUUACCUUCUCCAAGUGUGGUACAGGGAUAUCCCCUUGCUCAUCGCCUCAGUCAGGGUUCCUGUCACUGAUAACUACCAUGACCAGAAGCAGCCUUGAGAGGAAAGGCUUUAUCUCUUCUUCCAGCUUGUCAUUCCUUAUUCAGGGGAGUGCUGGAUUCAAGGUAGAAUCCUGGAGGCAAGAACUGAAGCAGGGGCCAUGGAGGAAUGGUGCUUACUGGUCUGCUUCUCAUGUCUGUCUCAGCUGCUUUCUUAGAUACCCUGGCACCACCUGCCCAGUGGUGGCACAUCCUACAGUCAGCUGGGUCCUCCCACAUCAAUCAAUAAAUGGGUCACUGGCUUGCCCAUGGACUAGUCUGGUGGGGGCAUUUUCUCAUUUGACAUUCCUUCUUCUCAAAUGUCUCUAUCAUGUCUUAAGUUGGCAUAAAAGUAGUCAGUACACUUAACAUCAGAGUCUUCCAAGGGUCCUCCAGGUCACAACUAAUUCAUUUUCUACUGGGAUGUAGUAUGCCUUAAGGCAUUCUUUCCUUGGGUCACAAUAGAAUUUUCUAGAGUAAAAAUACACAUUAAUAUAUAUAUAUAUGUAUAUAUAUAUAGCUGUUGUAUCUUAAGCCAAGCUUUAAAGAACCUUGCUUAAAUAUAAGACACUGACACCUUCUCAUUAAUCCCUUGAAAUAAUGAUAAUUUCAAUUUUGAAAAUGUAAUGGCUUAUUAUUGGUACCCUCCCUCCCUCCCUCCCUCCCUUCCUUCCUUCCUUCCUUUUUUUUCUUUCUUUUUCUUUUUUUUGAGGAAAGUAUCUUACUAUGUAGUCCUGGCUGGACAAGAACUUGAUGUAUAGAACAGGCUGGCCUGGAGUUCAAAGAUCUGCCUGCUUUGCUCCUGAGUGCUGGAAUCAAAGGUGUGGACCACACACCUGGCCUUGUUGUUGGUAGCUUUUAAUAAACUAACAAAUUUAUAAGUGAUUCAUACUUUGGUAUGAUAUGUAUUGGUAAUUUUAGAAAACAUAAAAUCACUUUGGAGUCCUCUAAUUUUUUGGAAUGAAAUGAGAUCCUCAGAUGAAUAGGUUUGAGAACUGCUUUACAUUUUAUCAUUUUCAGUUGGAAUCAGUUUCUUUUUCUGAAGGAAGCAUAGAUUCUUUUUCUGAAGGAGGGUACAGAAAGGCCCCUCUCCUUUCUGUACAUUCUGUGAACUUGUGUCAAAACAGCCACUGUUUAGUUUCCUCUGUGUAGAUGUGAGUGGCAGACUGUGUAUGAGAUGAGAUGAUUAUUUGCCUCGUUUUACCAUCCAUAUUAACAUCCAGUUCACUGAUUUAUCUCAGAAGCAGUGUACGUUUAAAACCUUAAAAGUGGGCAUGGUGGCAUACACCUCUAAUCCAAGUACUCCAGAGGCUGAGGCAGGAGGAUCACAGUGAAUUAGAGGCCAGCCUGGGCUGUGUGAGACCUGUCUCUCAAAAAGGAAAAACAAAGGGAGCAGGAUGUAGCCCAGUUGGUGUAGUGCUUACCUGUCCUGAACAAAACCCUCGUUCCAUCCCCAGUGCACAUUUGUGCAUGUGUGCACGUGCACACACAUAUAUACACGUGAUGUAGUUCAUGCUGCAUCUCAGCAUUGGAAAGCAAAUGGCAAGAGACCGCUGUGACUUUGAAGGUCAGUCUGGUCCACAUAGCAAACCUUGCCUCAAGGAACUCAACAGAAUUAAUGUGCAGCGUGGAAGGAGAAUAAAGGCCUUUACUCAUUAUAAAUGGGUUAAAAAGCAUUCUACUAAGACACCUGUAAUCUAUACUUGGUUCCAGGCCAGCCUGGGCUACACAGUAUGAAGUGAGAGGUCAAGAUAUAUAGUAAGACUGUGUUCCCCUAAACAAAACAAACAGACAGACAAACAGAGCAGGAGGGAUAGCUCAGUCAGUAAAGUGCUUGCAAGAGGACCUGAGUUCAACCCCUAGAACCUGAGGCUGGGUGUGGUGGCACGUUCUUGUAAUUCCUCAGUGGGGACUAGAGGACGGAAGAUCCCUGAGGCUCUAUGUGCUUGCAGCUAGUCUAGGUUAACUUAUGGGCUCCAGGAAAUGAAGGCCCCUCCCUGUCUCGAGAAGUAGACAGUGAUCCUGAAGGUGACACCCAAGGUUGUCUUCUGACCACAACAUUGCGUGUGUGUAUAUAUAUUUGAUACACACACACACACACACACACACACACACACACACACACGUAUCUAGGCAUGACAAACGAAACAUUCUUACGUGACCAACAGUUACAGUGAAACCUGACUCCUGGUUCUGAAAGCGUGAAGAGGAUGAGCAGUUACACGUGCUUAGGUUUUCAAAGGGCAGUCCUGUUUUCUCAAGCCCGUAAGAGUUGACUACCUGUCCUGGAGGCAGCCUGGAACACAUACAGUUGAACAAACAGGCUUAGUGGCCCAAGACGGGAUACCUGUCUUUCUCAUCAUUCCUGCUUGAGGCUGACCCCCUACACCAGGCAUCCUUUCUUGAUUUCCCCAGAUAGUAGAGUAAAACUGAGACUUUUAAGUCAGAGUUUUAUAGACAGGUGUGGUAGACAGAGGCAGGUGGAUGGAUCUUUGUGAGUCUAGGACAGCUUGUUUUACAUAGCAGUUUCUAGGCUUCUGCUGUACCAGUCCCAAGGCUUCCGCUACUACUGUAAAGACCUUGGGGAUAGCAUGCUGCCCUGAUAUACUAUAGUUUUGUUUUUUUAAGAGAUGAGUGAGUAGAACCCUUAUAUGAGUAAAAUCAGAAUAUUGUAUUGGGUUGAGUUUAUUUUUCCCUAAAAAUGUGUAUCAAUACCACAAGGAUUUAUUGAGAAUGUUUCUUGGGCAGACACUGUAUUUAAUAAUACUGAUGAAGUAUUAAGUGAUCCCUCUGAUGCAGACUUAGUUACUGUCCUGUUGCUAUGAGGAGACACCACAACCAAGUCAACUCUCACAAAAGGAAGUAUUUAGUUGGGACCUGUUUACAAAUUCAGAGGUUUGGCCUAUUGUCAUCAUGUCGAGGAGCAUGGUGGUGCACAGGCAGACAUGGUGUUGGAGAAGUAACUGAAAGGUCUACAUCCCGACCCAUAGGCAUGGGCUUGGCUAGGACCUAUGAAACUUCAAAGUCAGUCUCCAGGUAACACAUCUACAAGGCCACACCCCCAAUCGUUCUCAAGUAGUGCCACUCCCUGAUGACUAAGCAUUCAGAUAUAUAAGCCUAUGGGGACCAUUCUUAUUGAAACCAUGACACAGCUUAGACUUUCAGGAAGCUUAUAAGCUAGUAGUCCACACAUAAGCAAGCAUAGGGAAUAGCACCUGUACAGUUUGCUGACUCAGAAGAAGGACACAUCAAGAUUACCUGUGAGAUCAAAGCUUUCACAGAAAAGAUUGCCUAAUCUGCAUCUGUCUUCAAAUUGAGAAGUUUGGCCUGGGUACUUCUAAGAGGCAAUAGCUUGUACAAAGGCACAUGAAAGCAUGGGUGCUCUAGGGAAAAUGAAUACAGUGUAGCUUUGUAAGAUGAAGCAGGAGAGGGCUGGAGAGACGGCUCAGUGGUUAAGAGCACUGACUGCUCUUCCAGAGGUCCUGAGUUCAAAUCCCAGCAACCACAUGGUGGCUCACAACCAUCUGUAAUGAGAUCUGAUGCCCUCCUCUGGUGUGUCUGCAGACAGCUACAGUGUACUCAUAUAUAAUAAAUAAAUAAAUCUUUAAAAAAAAAAAGAUGAAGCAGGAGAGGGCUGGAGAGAUGGCUCAGUGGUUAAGAGCACUGACUGCUCUUCCAGAGGUCCUGAGUUCAAAUCCCAGCAACCACAUGGUGGCUCACAACCAUCUGUAAUGGGAUCUGAUGCCCUCUUCUGGUGUGUUUGAAGACAGUGAUAGUGUACUCAUAUAUAAUAAAUAAAUAAAUCUUUAAAAAAAAAGAUGAAGCAGGAGAGUUGAGCAGCUACCAGACCAGGUAUAGCAUGGAGUGGAAAUUAUAUUUUAAUAAAGAGUUUGUACUUUCUAAAUAUUAUUCUAAUGUUGGAGAUAGUGGGUAUUGAGGCUAAGAAAACCAAAUUUUAAAAAGGAGUAAAACUAGUAAAAACAGAUGAAGUCAAAGUUAGUGUCAGUAGACAUAGGUAAGAAAAAACACACUGGAGUGUUACAGUUUAGAAUUGAUAGGGUUUGGUGCUAGGAAGGAGCUGAUGAUGUAGUCAGCUUUCUGAUCUGAGGGGACGAUGGCAUUUCAGAUGAGGUGGAGGGAGAGCGUGCAUUGGGGACAGGCUGAGGUGCAGCUGCACCGAGUUUUAGGCACCUGGGGCACAGGAGGUGGAGAAGCCUGUUGGCAUAGGCAGCAGUGCAUCUGGUUUUAGAGGUUGGUAAGUCAGUUCCACACUGGAGUUGGGAAUCAUCAGCACAGAGUUGGUCACUAUGUUUGUGAAAAAAGACAGAUGCAUUGGAGCUACAAAUACAAGCUGCAAGAGGCAAGAAGACUGUUCAAGGCCAGCCUGGAGUAUAUAAUGAGACCCUCACUCAAACUAAAAGAAAGAACUUUUUUCCAGCAAAUACGAUUAGCAGAGAAAAGAGGGACACCAGCACAGAUUUUAGGAUUAAAGGAAUAUGUGUUUGGGAAUGGGUAGACCUGAAUUACAGAAUUUCUAAAGCAUUGAGCUAAACUGGACCUGUCUGAAGCUGUGAAGGGUAACAUCUCCAACCUUGGGGCAGAGUAGCACUGUGUUUGGGUGACUAAACAACAGGCCUGCUCACACCUGUGCUCCUAGGCUUUCACUAUUAUUUGUGGAACUUAGUUCAGCAGAUAAAUCUACUUGGGGUAGCUGCUCCAUUCCAGAGCUGGCCCGGAAUGACCUUCCUAGCCUCCUUGCUGGGGUUUCCAGUUACAUGUACAGCUUCACUUAAGAUACUACCUGUGGACCUCUUUCUUCAUAGCCAGUUGCCAUCCUCAGAGGUACUCGUGGUUUUCAGUGUUCAUUUGUGACUCAGUUAAACUUUUUUAUGUCACAGGCCUGUAAUUCCAGUAAUGGGGAGGAUGAAGCAAGGUAUUUGAGCUAUUUGAGGCCUGAGCUACACCAGAAGAACUUGUCUUGCACCCUUCCCCUCAAAAGAACCCCACAAAAAUAAAGGGGUUUUGGAUGUAGGUCACGUGGUAGAGUGCGUGUAUAGUAUACACAAAAACCUGACUUCAUCUGGGUGAUAGUGCCAUACUCUUUUAAUCUUAGCACUUGGGAGGCAGAGGCAGGUAGAGCUCUGAGUUCAAGGCCGGCCUGGCCUACAGAGCAAGUUCCAGGACAGCCAGGACUACACAGAGAGUUUUGAAAACAAAAACAAAAAUGAAGUCCUGGGUUCAGUCCCCAGCGACUGGAGGAGAAGGAAGAAGACCAGGAACUCAAGGUUCUCUUCCCUGGUGAAGGGCAGAGCAGACUGGCUUCUGUGAAGCCCUAUCUCAAAGAAUAAACCGAGAAAAUACGUAGUUACAGAAAUGUGUGCUGUUUUCUUUUGCUGUUGUUGGGUGGUUUUAUUUGGCUGCUUUUUGUUUGCUUUGCUCUUACAAUGCUGGAGUAUAGUAUAUUCCUUAACAUCUUGCAUUCCAAGGCUAUACUAGAUACAUGCUGAUUACAGCAGUGAGAACUAAGGAGGGUCAUGAGGGAAGAGAUGAGUGAUCAAGGGCUUUUUCUGUGCUGCUUGAAUUUUUAAAAUGAGAAUUAAAAUGAAUCACUGAAUAGUUAAGUUUGAAGAUUAAAACCCUGUCACAUCAGAGGUGAUACUAGAAAAGUAAGUGUCAUUUGUUGAAUAUAUAUGCCUUUCAGCUUGCCAGACUCUCUAGGAAACACUUAGCUGUAAUUAUAUUGUGUAAGUUUAGUUAAACACUUGACUGUAGUCUAUUUCAGUUUAGCAAGACCUGGGGAUGGAUGAGUCUGAGGUCUUCAGAAUCUCAUUCUAAGUCCCAAGAUUACUCUGGUUGUUCCUUAAGAGAACAGAGGACAUGGCAGUGGUUGGUAGCUUACCACCAUAACAGUGCAUGACCAGGUGGUAGGAUCCCAUUGCUUCUGAGCAUUUCAACAUAGUCUUCUGAAGGCAUUUUCCUGGUUGUUGUCUCUUACAAGAAAAGUACUGCCGUAGGUAAGGUAAGCCGUUGCUUUUAGAAUCAGUGAACACUGUAUACUUAUCAUCAGUAUGCACUACUUGGUUCGUAGCAAGAAAGAAUCGUUUUUGAGAAACCCAGUUUGUGGAUACCUGGAAACCAGGCCUGGUGGAGCACCCAGGUAAUCUCAGCUUCUUAGGAGGCCGAGGUGGCACAGUCAUUUGAUCCCAGGAGUGCAAAGAUGUCCCUUAUAAGGAAAAGUAUGCACCUGGAAAAAAAUACCUAGUUUCCCUUGCUCAUCUGUCCUCUGCCAUAGUGUCUUUUUGUCCUCAUUAAAUGUUAGUGAGUGUCUAAGGUGACAGUGAAACAGGAAAAGGACCUUUCUCUUUGGUUACCAUCUCCACCUAAAGUUUUCUGUCAAGAGCAUAUGUAAUAAUGAUACAUUGUGACAUUGGUCUAGAGUUUGGACUGAUGAUGGAUCUAGAGAGAUCAGCUUGGGCAGAAACUCAUCAGAGUGGAGAACUAAGAUUAGACAUUGUUGCAUUCUUGAUACUCAGAGACUGACAACAAAUUGAAGAAUCUGACCAUUCUCUGAAAUGCCAAGGGUCGCAUGUAACUACAUAGCCAUGAGUCUUCCGGAAGGACCAGAUCUGUCUCAAAGGGUCUUGGGUUUUUUGCACUGAAUGUAACCUAGACUGAUCGUCUCAGUUGCCCCAGGAUACUGUCAGAGGUGGAACAGGAGGAUUUUGUAAUGGAAGGGCAUGGCAAGACUCCACCUCCUGGAGAAGAAAGCAAACAAGAGAAGGAGCAAGAAAGGGAAGAACAGUUAAUGGAAGACAAGAAAAGGAAGAAAGAGGAUAAAAAGAAAAAAGAAGCCACCCAGAAGGUCACGGAACAAAAAACCAAAGUGCCCGAAGUGACGAAACCAAGUUUAAGCCAACCAACGGCCGCCAGCCCAAUUGGCAGCUCUCCAUCGCCACCAGUCAAUGGUGGCAACAAUGCCAAAAGGGUGGCAGUGCCGAACGGACAACCGCCAAGCGCCGCCCGCUACAUGCCUCGGGAGGUGCCACCGCGAUUCCGUUGCCAGCAGGACCACAAAGUGUUACUAAAACGUGGGCAGCCCCCUCCACCGUCCUGCAUGCUCCUAGGGGGUGGGGCGGGGCCUCCUCCCUGCACAGCACCUGGAGCAAACCCCAACAACGCACAAGUGACAGGAGCGCUGCUGCAGAGCGAGAGUGGGACGGCACCAGAGUCAACCCUUGGAGGUGCUGCUGCUUCAAAUUAUGCAAAUUCCACUUGGGGCCCGGGAGCCUCCUCCAACAACGGCGCCUCCCCCAACCCAAUUCACAUCUGGGACAAGGUGAUUGUAGACGGGUCUGACAUGGAAGAGUGGCCUUGUAUUGCCAGCAAAGACACUGAAUCUUCUUCCGAAAACACCACCGAUAACAACAGUGCCUCGAACCCUGGCUCUGAGAAGAGCGCUCUGCCAGGAAGCACCACUAGUAACAAAGGCAAAGGGAGCCAGUGCCAGUCUGCAAGUUCUGGGAAUGAAUGUAAUCUUGGGGUCUGGAAAUCUGACCCUAAGGCUAAAUCUGUUCAGUCUCCCAACUCUACUUCAGAUAGCAACAAUGGACUAGGAACCUGGAGGAGUACCAGUGGUCAAGAUAGAAUUGGACCUGGCUCUGGCUUCAGCAACUUUAACCCAAAUAGCAACCCAUCUGCCUGGCCAGCAUUGGUCCAAGAAGGAACUUGUAGGAAAGGGGUGUUGGAGGCAGAAGGUAGCAGUUCCAGUGCACAAGUCAGCACAGUAGGUCAGGCAUCCAGGGAACAGCAGUCAAAGAUGGAGAAUGCGGGUGUUAAUUUUGUUGUCUCUGGCAGAGAACAGGCUCAGAUUCAUAACACUGAUGGACCAAAAAACGGAAACACUAACUCCUUGAACUUAAGUUCACCAAACCCCAUGGAAAAUAAGGGAAUGCCCUUUGGAAUGGGCUUGGGGAACACCUCCAGGAGCACUGAUGCCCCUUCACAAAGCACUGGAGAUCGAAAGACUGGGAGUGUUGGGUCUUGGGGCGCAGCUAGGGGGCCUUCUGGAGCUGACACAGUCUCUGGACAAAGCAAUUCUGGAAACAAUGGGAACAAUGGAAAAGACAGAGAGGACUCCUGGAAAGGAGCUUCCGUUCCAAAACCAACUGGGUCACAAAGUGACUCUUGGGACAACAAUAACAGGUCUACGGGUGGGUCCUGGAAUUUUGGCCCUCAGGACUCUAAUGACAACAAAUGGGGUGAAGGGAACAAAAUGACAUCUGGGGUCUCUCAGGGAGAAUGGAAACAGCCGACUGGGUCUGAUGAGUUGAAAAUUGGAGAAUGGAGUGGUCCAAACCAACCAAAUUCUAGCACUGGAGCAUGGGACAAUCAAAAGGGCCACCCCCUCCCAGAAAACCAAGGCAAUGCCCAGGCUCCCUGUUGGGGAAGAUCUUCCAGCUCCGCAGGAAGUGAAGUUGGAGGUCAAAGCACUGGAAGCAACCACAAAGCAGGAAGUAGCGACAGUCAUAAUUCUGGUCGUCGGUCAUACAGGCCCGCACAUCCUGAUUGCCAGGCUGUCUUGCAGACUCUUUUGAGCCGGACUGAUUUGGACCCUAGGGUGCUCUCAAACACUGGCUGGGGCCAAACUCAAAUUAAGCAGGACACAGUGUGGGAUAUUGAAGAGGUGCCAAGGCCUGAGGGGAAAUCUGACAAAGGAACUGAGGGGUGGGAGAGCGCUGCCACACAGACCAAGAACUCAGGGGGCUGGGGAGAUGCACCCAGCCAAAGCAAUCAAAUGAAGUCUGGAUGGGGGGAGCUCUCAGCCUCAACAGAGUGGAAAGACCCCAAGAGUACAGGAGGCUGGAAUGACUACAAGAACAACAACUCUUCUAACUGGGGAGGAGGACGAGCGGAUGAAAAGACACCUUCCUCUUGGAAUGAGAGUUCUUGUAAGGAUCAGGGGUGGGGAGGUGGGCGCCAGCCCAACCAAGGAUGGACUUCUGGGAAGAAUGGUUGGGGCGAGGAGGUUGAUCAAGUGAAAAAUAACAAUUGGGAAAGUUCUGCCAAUAAGCCUGUGUCUGGGUGGGGUGAAGGAGGGCAGAGUGAAAUUGGAACUUGGGGCAAUGGUGGGAAUACAAACCUCGCUUCAAAAGGUGGGUGGGAAGAUUGCAAAAGAUCCCCUGCAUGGAAUGAGACUGGCAGACAGCCUAAUUCCUGGAAUAAACAACACCAACAGCAGCAGCAGCAGCCACCGCCACCACAGCCAGAGGCUUCUGGUUCAUGGGGAGGCCCACCCCCACCACCUCAAGGCAAUGUUCGACCUUCUAAUUCCAACUGGAGCAGUGGGCCCCAACCUGCAACCCCUAAGGAUGAUGAACCCAGUGGUUGGGAGGAGCCAUCCCCACAGUCAAUUAGUCGAAAAAUGGACAUCGAUGAUGGCACUUCAGCUUGGGGAGACCCUAACAGUUAUAACUACAAGAAUGUGAACCUUUGGGAUAAGAAUUCUCAAGGGGGCCCAGCACCUCGAGAACCAAACCUGCCUACCCCGAUGACCGGAAAAUCAGCAUCAGUCUGGAGCAAAAGCACACCACCUGCUCCAGAUAAUGGGACUUCAGCCUGGGGUGAGCCAAAUGAAAGCAGUCCUGGGUGGGGUGAGAUGGAUGAUGCAGGAGCAUCAGCCACAGGCUGGGGAAACACACCUGCCAGCGCUCCCAAUGCCAUGAAACCCAAUUCCAAAUCUAUGCAAGACGGCUGGGGGGAGAGUGAUGGCCCAGUCACAGGAGCUCGCCAUCCUAGCUGGGAAGAGGAAGAUGAUGGAGGAGUCUGGAACACCGCCGGCUCUCAGGGAAGCACUUCCUCCCACAACUCAGCAAGCUGGGGACAAGGAGGAAAGAAACAAAUGAAGUGCUCGAUAAAAGGAAACAAUGAUUCGUGGAUGAAUCCUCUUGCCAAACAGUUUUCAAAUAUGGGAUUGCUGAGUCAAACUGAGGAUAACCCAAGCAGCAAAAUGGAUUUGUCUGUAGAUAAGAAAUUUGAUGUGGACAAGAGAACAAUGAAUCUCGGGGAUUUUAAUGAUAUCAUGAGGAAGGAUCGACCUGGGUUCCGUCCACCUAAUUCCAAAGACUUGGGAACCACAGACAGUGGGCCUUAUUUUGAGAAGCUGACUUUGCCUUUCUCCAAUCAAGAUGGGUGCCUUGGGGAUGAGGCUCCCUGCUCUCCCUUCUCCCCUUCUCCCAGCUACAAGCUGUCUCCCUCUGGUUCCACACUACCCAACGUCAGCCUUGGAGCAAUCGGCACAGGGCUCAACCCCCAAAACUUCGCUGCUAGACAAGGCGGCAGUCAUGGUUUGUUUGGAAACAGCACAGCACAGUCAAGAGGCCUGCACACUCCAGUGCAGCCACUGAGUUCUUCUCCUGGUCUCCGGGCGCAAGUGCCUCCCCAGUUUAUCUCCCCCCAGGUUUCUGCCUCAAUGCUCAAGCAGUUCCCCAACAGUGGCCUGAAUCCAGGUCUCUUUAAUGUGGGGCCCCAGUUAUCUCCUCAACAAAUUGCCAUGCUGAGCCAGCUUCCACAGAUUCCCCAGUUUCAGUUGGCUUGUCAGCUUCUUCUGCAGCAGCAGCAGCAGCAGCAGUUGCUACAGAACCAGAGAAAGAUCUCUCAAGCAGUGCGCCAGCAGCAAGAGCAGCAGCUGGCAAGAAUGGUGAGUGCUCUCCAGCAGCAGCAGCAGCAGCAGCAGCAGCAGCAGCAGCAGCAGCAGCAGCAGCAGCAGCAGCAGAGGCAACCUAGCAUGAAGCAUUCACCUUCUCAUCCUGUUGGGCCUAAGCCACAUUUGGACAACAUGGUACCCAACACGCUGAAUGUGGGGCUCCCAGACCUUCCGACCAAAGGACCAAUCCCUGGAUAUGGUUCUGGCUUUAGCUCUGGUGGAAUGGACUAUGGUAUGGUUGGUGGCAAGGAGGCUGGAACUGAGUCUCGCUUCAAACAGUGGACCUCCAUGAUGGAAGGGCUGCCAUCUGUGGCCACACAAGAAGCUACCAUGCACAAAAACGGCGCUAUAGUGGCCCCUGGUAAGACCCGAGGAGGGUCACCAUACAACCAGUUUGAUAUAAUCCCAGGUGACACACUGGGUGGCCAUACGGGUCCUGCUGGUGAUAGCUGGUUACCUGCCAAAUCUCCACCGACUAAUAAAAUCGGAAGUAAAUCCAGCAAUGCCAGUUGGCCUCCAGAAUUCCAACCAGGAGUGCCAUGGAAAGGUAUCCAAAAUAUCGACCCUGAAUCUGACCCCUAUGUCACCCCAGGAAGUGUGCUGGGGGGCACAGCCACAUCGCCCAUUGUAGAUACUGACCACCAACUGCUGCGGGAUAACACCACAGGGUCUAAUUCUUCCCUCAACACCUCGCUGCCUUCACCUGGUGCCUGGCCCUACAGUGCCUCUGACAACUCCUUUACCAACGUUCAUAGCACUUCAGCAAAGUUCCCUGAUUACAAAUCCACGUGGUCCCCAGAUCCCAUAGGACACAACCCCACUCAUCUCUCCAACAAGAUGUGGAAAAACCACAUCUCCUCCAGGAACACUACACCGCUGCCCCGCCCACCUCCUGGCCUGACCAACCCCAAACCGGCAUCUCCUUGGAGCAGCACAGCACCCAGAUCGGUCAGGGGGUGGGGAACACAGGACUCCCGGAUUGCCUCAGCCUCUACCUGGAGUGAUGGUGGCUCUGUUCGUCCUAGUUACUGGCUGGUUCUUCACAAUCUCACUCCACAGAUUGAUGGGUCAACCUUGAGAACGAUCUGCAUGCAGCAUGGCCCACUGCUGACAUUCCAUCUGAACCUAACCCAGGGCACAGCCCUGAUCCGAUAUAGCACCAAACAAGAGGCAGCCAAGGCCCAGACUGCACUGCACAUGUGUGUGUUGGGAAACACUACCAUCCUGGCCGAGUUUGCCACUGAGGAUGAAGUCAGCCGCUUUCUGGCUCAAGCUCAGCCCCCUACACCUGCAGCAACCCCGAGUGCACCUGCCACAGGGUGGCAGUCACUGGAGACCAGCCAGAACCAAGCAGACCCCGUUGGACCUGCGCUGAACCUUUUCGGUGGGUCCACCGGGCUCGGGCAGUGGAGCAGCAGCGCUGGUGGCAGCAGUGGGGCCGAUCUUGCCGGCACUUCCUUAUGGGGCCCCCCAAACUAUUCUUCUAGCUUGUGGGGAGUCCCGACGGUGGAAGAUCCCCAUAGGAUGGGCAGCCCUGCUCCUUUACUACCUGGUGACCUUCUGGGAGGAGGGUCGGAUUCAAUCUGAACUUAGAACUUUCAACUCUGACCUCGUGACCUUUUUUGGAACAGCAGCAGCACUAACUUGACCUUUUCGUUUUUUUUUUCAACUUGCAAUAAAUACAUUUUUAAAAGGAAAAAAGAAAACGGAGAGAGAAAAAAGGUGGGUCAUUGACAGACUGUCUGAGCACAUAGUUGCCUCCCUUAAAACUUCAGUUUUUUCGUUUGGAAUAUGAAUCCAAAAAGAGAACAUAUCACACUUGAAAUACUUGAAUCAUGAACGCCAACCUAGAAAGACAAUGUGAAGCAAGUACACAUACCAUUUAAAUUUAAACACAAAAAAAAAUUAAAAAAAUUAGUUUCUAGUUUUUCACUUUUUUCAUGUUAUAUGGAAGUUGUUGCUAAGAAACAUAUAUACUGAAAAAAUAGCUUUUUAACUUUGUUUGCACUGGGUGUGUUUCCGUCCUUAGGUCUACCAUGUUUGGGUGGGAGGGAAAUUCAAAAGAAUUGUUGGGGGAGGGGGGAGGGAAGACUUGACGGAGCCUCACUUUAAAAACAAAAACAAAAAAAACUUUAAAAAAAAAGGAAAAAUUUUGUGAUUGGCUGGUUGAUAAAUACCAGUGUGUUCUGGCACAUGUAACUGCCCAGGCAUGCUCGUUCUGGUAUGUGUGUGCACGUGUGUUCAUGUGCAUUUGCGUGCAUCCUCCUCUCUGUCUCUUUGUGUGUGUGCCUGCGUCCUGCCCUCCUCGUCCCUCCCCACCCUGAUUUCUCAGAAAGCUGCAUUGCUGACAGUUUGCAGGCUGGCUGGCCGGCCAUCCGCUUUUUAUUAUUUUUGACUAUGAGAACACAGGAGCGCAGGGAGCCGCUGCAACUCAAGCACUUCUUCCGGCUGCAUGGAGAUGAAGGGUGCUUUUCAGUGAUGAGAGCAGCAGCCAGUGAGGGUCCCCAGCUUCCUGUUGACCUAGCCGCAGAGCAGAGCACUGCCAAGCCCAGCGGGAGGUGCCUCAGAGAAGCUGCUGCUCACCUCUGUGCUGUGAAAUAAGCAGCUGCUGGGCCACUGAGCACGUGGGGGUCUAAGUCCUGAGCAGGCUGAUUUGCUACUUGGAAUGGGAAUAGAUGAUUCAAUAAUUUUUAAAUCACGUGAUGUUUUAAAAGCAGAAAUACCGUUCCUACUUUGCUGUGUCAUCAGGUGUGAUCAUUUUUUAAAGGAUUCAGGUAAUGCAAAUUAAAUUAUAUCUAUUAGUUCUCAUGAUCAUUUGAGGAAAACUGCAGUAAAUUAUGAGCAGCCUCCUGGAAGCAUCGCAGCUCCUCUCUCUCGGCUCCUCUCGCUGAGCAUUACCUGUGCCAGGCCAUGGCGUGUUACAGCACCAGGCCAUCACUGACAGAAACGUUUACUUAACGAAUGUUCUUAAACCAGUGUGUACUUCAAGUGUCUCCCUUUGUUUCUCUGUGUUGUUUCCUGUGUAUGUGGUUUUGCUUAGGCAGAAAUAACUUAGCAAAGACUUAAGUAUUGCACCUUGUUUUGGUUUUGACCUCUUUUUUUUCUUUCCUUGUAAUGUUGGGGUUUUUUUUAUUUUGGUAUUUAAAGACUUUUUUUUAAAAAGCAUCAAUGUAGUAGUUCUCUGGGCCGAACAGGAGGCAAUGUUUAAUCCAGUUAUCAUCAAUACGUAUGUACUAUGUUGGAAUCAAAAUAUAUCACAUUUCUUAUUGUGAAGAGAGUGAAAGUAAACCUGAAGGGGAUCCUUACUUACUAAAUAGACGGCGGGUGGGCGGGCGGGCGGGGGAGAUGUGUGCGGGUAACAUGCUAGCACUGUGUGGAUAUCCCAGUCUGCAUCGUACUGUCUGUUCAACAUGAAGUGCCGACAUUCUGUACCAGCAAUUACCUGCCCAUUCCAACCCCUGAUGGGAGCAGACCUCUGCUGUCCUCUGUGACUUGCUGCUAUUGAGGACAAGGGAGUUUUUCUUUAGCAUCUUCAGUGAAGGAUACAACAAUGCCUAAUGUAUUUAACUUUCAGCUUGUGUCUUUUGUGUAGGUGUGUAGGUGGGUAGAGGGGUAUGGAUAGGAAAAAGCAAACAAACAAACAAAAAAACCCAAAAUUGCAUGUAAGUGGCUUUGUAAGACAGUGAGUGGGAAGUUCUGUAGUCGUCUUGGCUUACCUUGUUGGAUAUAAACCUAGCUUCAGAGGAGACUGAUGGCACCAUUCCCAGGAGCACUUGUGUUUGCCAAUCUGGGUGCCUUUGGCAGGUGGGUGGGCAAAUGAGUUUGGAGUUCUGGUUUGUUCCUGCAACACCUUGUUCUCAUGGACUCUGCCUUCCUCCUGCUCUCUGGUUUCCAUCACCACCAUCCCCUCUCACCUCUGCCCUACAAAAUGUCUCCUUCCAGCCCCACUGACUCUCAGUGUUGGAGCAGAGCUCUGUCACAGGUGAUGACGUCCACGUGAGGCGCAGCUUAUAUUCAGACAUCUGCAGGCUGAAGGCUGAAUCUUAGCGUCCCCAGAAUCCUGGGAGCCUGUGGGGACUGUCCACUGCCGCUCUUGGUUCAUGGCCCUGCCUACCUUCUCUUCCCCUGCUCCUCUUUCUGCCUGUUGGGUCCUUGACCUGCACUAUGGCUUAGUUGAGUUCCUUAUGAUACUACGGUGAAAGCCGGGUGCUAGAGCCCCUCUUGUUUACAAGACAUAAAUGAGGGAUUUGAAAUAUGUAAAAAUAAACACGAGAAGCUAAAAUGUUCUUCCAUCAUAGCUUAAAGGGAAAAAAACUAAAAACUUAAAAAAAAAGACCAAAAAGUGCGUAUAUAUAUAUAUAUAUACAUAUAAAUAUAUAUUUUAGAUGAAGACUAACUCUGGGAGCAUUUAACAGUGUUUUUGUUUUUUAUUUUUAACAUUAUUUUCCUGCUUUAAAAUUUGCAAGCAUUCUCAGGAAUUCUAGGGUAGGAAGCCAGUUUUUUGAAGAUGGUUUAUUUAAUCGUAUCUUAUCCUAGAUAGACAGCUGUUUCUUUCCUGUUAGUAAACUUUUACAAGUUCCUGAAACUUCAAAAAGUUUAAACGAUUUUUACUUACAAAAAUGUAAAAAGAAAAGUCUCCAAACAUUAUUAUCAUACAGGGGAUCACACAUUUUAAAAUACAUAGAAAUAUUUUUUAAAAAUUACCAAUUUAGCAGCAACAGGUAAAUUCAUUAUCUUAACAACUGUGGGAGAAGGCUCAGAUGUUCUGAGUGUUGUCACCGCCAUGCUUGAGAUUGUGAUGACUUACUGGGGGAAGUGUUUGUUCAAUUAGUAGGCUUGCCACCUCGCUGUUCCUUCUGUAUGAGGCUGGACUGACCACCUCCCCGUCAUGUCUCUGUUCUCCAGUGCAGCCCUUCUUCUCCCUGGCUCUCCAGCCCCAUCAACAAAAGAAAGGAAUAAAGAAAGAAACAAUAGCUUAAGCUAAAGGAUUGGCUCUAAACUGUGGUAGUGCCGUUGUUGGAUUGCUGAGAAUCUCUGUAAAGAGUUAGGAAAUAUAGGUUAGUAAUUUUUAAGCAAAAUUUAAAUGUAAGCAUUACUAAAGGAAAAUUACCUAUGGACUGUUCUGUUUAUGAAGAGUGUGCGUCUCGCCUCCACCGGUUACAGGAGGAAAAAGCAGAAGAGUCUAAUGAGGAACAAGUGGUUUUACUUUUUUUUUUUUUUUAGCUCCCAGCUACUGUUUGCUUGUUUUAAAUGCUGUUUUGAAGAUCUGCUGCUUACUAUCCCCAUCCUGGGAGGCAGAGAUGUGGAGUGUUUCCUUUUGAUUUUGGUAAUGUUGAAUUCUGCUUUUGUAUUCCCUCCUGGGGCCAGAGGUCAUGGCCACAGCUCCUUUCAAACUUUAAGCUUCCCAGUGGGAAAGAAAAUCCAGCUCCACAGGUAAAGUGAAUGGGUGGGGUUGUUGCCUGCAUUCUCUAAAACCGCUUUAGUGCCUUCGUACAUACACCGGACUCCUAAACAGGAUGAGUGUGUGUGCAUGUGGUCCAGCCAUUCCACAGUUGGUAUGAUGCUUGCCUGUAAAGGAAAUGGGAUUGGUUCUGGACAGGCCCCAAAGGCAGUGGGCUAAAUCAAAAUAAACAAAAAUCGAGGAAGUUAAAUAUGUUGUUUUGUCUUGAUAAUGUGGGAUGCCAAGUUCCUUCCUAUGUUGUGUGCCCUCCAUAGGUGCUGACUUCUCCAUGUGUAGAAGGGUGACAGUUACAGUCAUGGGGAAAGUCUCUUUGUGCCGGGCCAGUGGAGGAAGGCUCCUGCUUCUCAGCUCCUGUUUUCUGUCUUCUCCCUGCCUCUCCCCUUGGCCCAUUUGUCAUCCUGUUGGAAGCUUUUGUUAUUGAUGGGCUAUGACCUGAGAAGAGGUUGUGGUGGGGGUGUCUUGAAGGUGGAAAGCCCUUCCCUCCCCAUGGUAUUCAGCAAGAACUCUGUCUCCCGAGACAUUAGGUGACUUCGUUCAUUAUACAUGGAAAAAUUCAAUACGCAUAUCCUUCCAGCACAUUCUGGCAUAUAUACAGAGGCUUGCUAGUCACCAUUAUAUAGAUUUGUUUUAUACACAUUAUAAGCAUGUAAGUAUGAACUUUCUGUUUUACACUAGGUUUUUUUUUUUUUUAACUCUUAUAGGUAGACAUGUAUGUGUCUCAUGAGCAUCACAGGCGUGUUUCUGUCUGCCCUCCAUGAAUAGCCAAAAGAAAAGCACGGGUGUGGGAAAGAGUUGUCUUCUACCACUUGGGAGAGCUCUACUGUGUGAGACCCCGUGCUGUUACCCCAUUUAAGGGUUGAGAUGCACUCGGGUCUCUGAAACCUCUUUAAAACAAACAGAAGAAGGAGGACAGCCCCAUGGCCUCUCUCCUUCCAGCCCCUAAUCCUUGAACUUACUUUCCAUUUCCAGCAUUUACAGGAAUGAACUUAGCAGUACAGCACUGCUGGUCCACAAAACAACUCAAAACCAUAUUCUCCCCUCAGUGUCCCCAUGAAACGUCCCCUGUGCUUCCCCAUUCAGUCAGUUACUUUGUACUGAAAUGGCUUGUGUUGUAAGAAUUUUCCCACUUCUGUUGUGACUGUAGCAUUGGGAAUUGAAUCAAGAUUCAGUGUGAUGUGGAAGAUAAUAUGUAAGGGGGAGAAAGAAAAGGGAGAGGAAUUCCUGCUAAGAAUUUGGAAGGGCUUUUACUAGUGUGCCUACCAAAAACUGGACAUUACCUUACUGCAGACACUUCACUCCCUGUUUGUAGUUCAUUGUGCUGGGGAGGAAACCCAGGACUUUGCCCAUGGUAGUGAGCACGCUCUGUGCCUGAGCCACACAGCCCUAUGCUGUUGCUGUCCCCGUCCCCUCUUGUAAGGGAAAUGGGUUUAUAGGGUUAACAGCUAGGUUCUACUUUGACUUCAGAUGCUGUGUACUUUUAAAUUAUUUUCUCACCUUCUGCCAUUUUGACUCUUAAGUGUCUGUGCUGAGCAAAAUGCUUAAGACAAGCCUGCUCUCCUCUCCAGUGUCAGCAGGAUGCUCUCAGCAGGUCUGGCUGAGAUAGCCAACGCUAGGAUCAAGGCACAACUGAGUGGUCCCAUUCUUCCCUGCCCUCAAAGGUAAAACUCACCAUACACUGCUCUGACAGUUGUUACUUUGUUAGCUCUAAGUAUAAGGUCUUCAACUAGAAGAAGAGACACAUUUUUAGCUGAUUUUAAAACAAACAAACAAAAACCCCCAAACUUUAUUCUCCAUGUUUUUGCCAAGCCUUGUCAUAGUUUUGUGUCCGUGAAUUAGCUACACUUCUUAAUAUCACUGCAAAGAGAAACCUUGUUCUGCGAUCAUGUUUUUCUUCUAUGAGUGCAGCUAGGCCUACUCUAGCCUGUGUGUAAGUGAACUGUCCACCCUUAGAUUUCAAGGACCACACAGAGCCCCCUUUGCUCUUUACCUACAAGGACAGGGUCUUGAAGACAUCAUCAGCCUAUAAGAGAAACAAGAAAACAAAAACAAAAACCCAGAAUAUCCUCAAAUUUGUUACACUUCAUAAGAACGCUCUAGAGGCUUACGGCCAGGGCAAAGGUGUGCGGUCAUCAGAGAGGGCUCCAGUUGUCAACAGUCGUAUUCUUCUUCUUGACCUUAACUUUGACAAAGGGGUAGCCACUGCAUUCUUUAGAUUUGAAAAAAUUGUCAACUUCAGCAAUCUAAACAAAAGAUAGUAAUAAAAAUUGAAUAUUGGACUAGACUUGGUGGCACACACUUUUAAUCCCAGCACUUGAGGGGCAGAAGCAAGUUGACCUCUGAGGAGUUCAAGGCCAGCCUGUUCUACAUAGCAAGUUUGAGAAAGACCCUGUCUCAUAGAGCAGAAUCCGAGUAUCAGUCCUCUCUAAACUGCCCACAACAUCUCCCCCACUUCACACGGCCACAAGGAGGCCAUGAACAAGAUACAAGACGGUGUGAAAAAGGAGUUAUGAGUCAGAGUAGAAAGCUAACUCUUGCCAGCCCAGUGUCCCCUCUGCCUCUCAUGUAUGUGGCCCUCCUGACUAGGUCCUGAGCAGAUGGGAAAUAUUUCCAUCAUUUGAAUGGUUUCUCAAAUAGUAGCAGAGUGACAGAGAAUGCCAAUGUGGAUGUUUGCCUCUCUGAUUUUAAAUAGCUCUUUCUGGUCCGGCGUACACAAGUAGAUUUGUUUUCAACAAGAAAUGGCCUAGGGCAGGGGAGACUAUCUUGACCAGACACUGCAGAGCUCAGCAUUGUUCUUCAUGGUGACAGACUUACCUUUCCACAGGAGGGGAAAGACCAGGUAUACGUUCAUAAGCCAGAAGUGUUCUAUUUUAAAUAAGGAAGAGAUAGUAUUUCCCUAGAGCGUUAUAUGCCUCCCUUAGUUUUCACAGUAUGAGUCAGUGUGCUGGAAACAAACUCCCAAUAACAGUUGACCCAUUUCCAGUCAGUAUCAGGAAGUUGGGAUGACCUCUUCAAAAAGGGAAAUCCCUUCUUCAUAUAUCUCCCUCCCUUCUUCCUGGCUUCCUGGACCUUCUGGUGGACAUGCUUUUCUUGGGCCACUGAAAGGGUAACCCACUCCCGGAGGUUGUAAAGGGACUUUAGGCAGAUGGAGCAGCCUUACUUUCUGUGACUGGCCUUACCGUGGGAAAAGGUGGUAGAAUGCUGAAUGUGUAUGCCAAAAACAAAAGGGGGUAUUUAUGCAAAACAAAACCAACCCUUGGGAAUCCUUCAAGAGGUCACAUACCUUGUAAAGGUAGGAUGUUCGCUCACCAAGUGAUGGCUUUUAGCAUGAAACUUCUUUUUGCUAGAAGUUUGGGGUUAUGUUACAAUGCUUGUGUUUAAAACACUACUCCCCUUAAUUCUUUCCAAGGAAUCUCUUAAGUGUAGUACUUCUGAAUGUGCCUUUGUCGGCCCAGAGACCAACUGCGGUCUGUCAGAGGGUCUCCUGGUAGCCCCAGGGACAGCUGUUGGAUUUUCAUGAGCACCCAUUUUGCACAGUGUGAGUUGUGUGGAAGGGAUUCUGGGUCUUGGACCAGGAGGUCAUAAGCCAGGCCAUGGCCCAGCUUAAUUCCACUGUAGUCAGCUGUCUACAUCUGCAUUCCUUAGUGUGUUCUCUCUCUCUCUCUCUCUCUCUCUCUCUCUCUGUGUGUGUGUGUGUGUGUGUGUGUGUGUGUGUGUGUGUGUUCUCGCGCUAUAAGCACUAGAGAAUUGGAAUUAGAAAACGGUGAUUUUGUGAUCCAUUCAUUCUUGUGAAGAAGGCAUUUCUGGCUUUGUGCUGCAGAAGGUGCUUUUUUUUUUUUUUUCUUUAAACCCUCUCUGCCUUAGAAGGUCAUGAUUUCCCAAAUGCAAGUCACAUCAAUGUUGCUAUUUCUGUGAACAGGGUAUUUAUUGCACACAAAGGAAAGGUUUUGAAAGAAUUGAAACUGGUGUUUAAAAAAGAAGAAACCUCUGAAAUCCCAUUGUAGUUUUUGAGAACUGUUGUAGUUAAACUUGAAAAUCUAUAAUCUUUUCAUGUUUCAUGUUUGUUUUCAAUGACCCCACCUCCUCUGCUACCCCCAGUCUUCUAAAGAAGCGUCCAGUGAAUGCCAAGGACCCUGUCCACCAUCCUUAGUGCCCCCCCCAGGAAAGUGCUCCCUAGAUUCCUUCAGCUUCAUUAGGGAAGACAAAGGGAGGCCUCACUCACUCCUCUCAUUGCCUUGGGAUGUAUUAUUAUGCAAAUGUGAAUUUAACUAGAGGUUGUUGGAUUUGUUUUGGGGGGGGGUGGUUUUGUUUUGUUUUUUUCCAAAAAAAAAAAAAAAAAAAAAGUCCAAAUGUGGUCAUCCUUCCUCCAUUUUAUAUCCUGAAUUUGUAACUAUGCAUUUUCUGAAAGGGGGAAGGCAGGGAAAGAAGCCUGUUUGUGUCCUUAUGUAUUCAAGUUUCUGUGUCCAUGGAUUCCCCAUGUCUGGGAAGGGAAGAAAAGAAGAAGAGAAGGCUCUCGCCAGGUCAGCAGAGUUAGGGCGAGAGGGACCUCUCAGACCCCACCCUCGGGCAGGUCUGAUUGCCAAGCAAAAUUGGGGGCGGGGUCUGCCAUGCCUGUCUAUCGUUAUGGUGCAGGAUUCUUGAUACUGGCCAUGCAGUGUUAAUCUAAGGCAGCUGUGGAAGCUCACAGGCUCCAGUAUUCUCUGAACUCAGAACCCUUUCAAGCUCAGGAAACCAUGCCACACUCUGCUGACCUGAGAGUUCAUCCUCUCCUUUUACAUUUCUUUGUUUUCAGUCAUUGUGUAGGGUACCAUUCCUAAUUAUGAGCUGAGAAAGAGGGCUGUUCUCUUCCAUGUCUGCUAUCCCUGAUCUCUGAUUCCCUUGCCUGUACUGAGCUGGUGGUGUGGUGAGUCGUGGGACACUGGAAGGCUUUCUUUCACACUUUCUCUGUUGUUACAAUUCCUGUAUAGAGUUGGACCAUGGAAAGUCAUAGCGCCUGCAUCGCUCUGGUCUAGGCAUUAUUACAGCACGUACUAUGGAAGCCAGAGUUGCUCAGCCUGCUGUCAGUGUUUCCCACCCAGCAACCUCUGUUACGUUCACAGUACUGUAAUGAGUGACAGACUUGACCACAGUCUCUUUGUGUCUGUGUUGGGGCUACACAGACAUGAUCGUAUCAGGGUUCCAAUCUGUUCAAUUGCCUUUAAACAAAAGCAAAACAGCAGCAAGAAAAUCCUGAUGUUUCAAGUGUCUGACACAAAAUGAUACCUCAUGGUAUAUUUCCCCUGCAAUGUAAACCCUUCACUCCCCCUUUCUUGACAUCUGUGAGCUAUUCUUUAUAAAAUAAGGAUGUGUAAAUACCGGAUAAGUCUUUGAAACAUUUUCUUUGCUGUGAAAAUAGCCCUAAAAUAUGAUGUUUGCAUGUUAAGCUGUCAGAAGUUUCAGAUCUGAAUUCUUUUCUUGUUGAUGAAGAAAAAAGCAAAGCAGUCCGGUGGAAUGGCUUUGGGUUUGUGGUUUGGUUAUUCUCUCCUGGUGUUCCUUCUCCCUGCAGUACAGGGCAGCAGACCAGUGGCUACCCCUGCCCUAACUAACACCAUCUAUCCCAGCACCAAGGCCCCGGGUAGGGGAUGGGGAGAUCUGAAUUUCUCUCUUCCAUAUAUGAUGCAGGGACUUCAAGAAGGUUUUGUACCCAGGACCUCAAGACCUUGACUUCUCUUUGACUUCUCUGUCCUGUGUGUGCGUGUGUGCGUGUGUGCGUGUGUGCGUGUGUGUGUGAGCAUGUGAAAUGUGUGCGUGCACGUGCAUGUGCAUGUGUGUUUUCACAUAUACACACUUGCUCUUUAGUGUGAUUCUUUAAUCCCCAGUGGAGAUUAGUCCCUGAUUUUGCAGUCUGUCCAGUGGCAUUUUCAGCAAUGCUCUGGAAAUGUAUUUCUUACUUAGAAGGAAAUUCAGCUUAAAGCUGACAUUCUUAGACAUUCUUGUUGACACAUGCUGCUUGUGAGGACGCUGACAGAUGCUGCCCUCCUAGACCUUGGGCUCCCUCGAAACAGAGUAGAAGACUCCCACUUUUAUCUCAUUUUAACUCAAAUCCAUAUGUGUUAAGAAGCUGUUGUCAAAAGUGCUUUCCCUGAUCUGUUUAGUGACGACUUCCUUUGAGGGAGGAAUAUGGAUGAAACUGAUAGACAUCCCUUGCCCAUCUUCUGACUGGCACUGUAACCUUGCAUUUUACUUCUGUUGUUUGUCUGGAGGUCCUUGCUUAUCAGUGUGCUUUCUCCCAUCGCUGGGGUUCUGCCUGCCCUUGUUUCCCUCUCUGAUGUUCCCAAAGGGCUUUGCUGAUGUCUGCACCUCUUUCCUGGGGCAUUCCCCUACUAUACCCUUUGCACACACCAGUGACCAAAGUGUAUGCAGUGGUCUCAACACGACAUCAAAUGGUGCACGCACCUCUAGUGUGCUCUCACAUGUGCACAAGAUUCUGCACCCUUGGCCUUAACUUCAGCACGACUUAAGGUGCAGGAACAUUUUUAACAGGUUUAAAAAUAAACUUCUCUGGGAGGGAAAAUAAAGCAGAUCCAAGCGCUCCCCACUAUCUGCUUGCAACUCAUUCUGCAUCUGACCCAGCCCAGCCCUGUUUUGCAACCAAAACCAACAACAAAAAGCAACCUAAGGAGAGGUUUCUGGACUGUUUUAUCUUUCUCCCUUUCGAUGGAGGUACAAAUGCUGCUUUGGGUUCCAUAAUCCUAGGGGGCUAUGUUUACACAGUGAAAUUAAUUCUACCAAAUCAGGAAACAGUAAGUAGUGAAAGACCCUUCAGUAAGAAAUCACAGAGGCUGAACCAGAGGUGAGAGGACCUAGGGAUGUGGCAGAAGUGGAGGGAGAUCCUAUUUAACCCUUUGUGACACCAGGGUCACCUCCUCUCUGCUCUCUUUGGCCCUCCUUACCCCUUUAAUCAAAAGGUUCAGAGAAAGACACCAGAAAAAGGCUGAAGUUUUAAGAGGCAGCUUUCCAACUUUGCACACAAAUGAAAGGUACCAUGAAAGUCCUCUCGUCUGAAACACUCGGCAGAAACAACCUGUGCAAAGGUCAGACCGCUGCACAUGUCGAUGCUCUCUGCAAGUUACCUAUAAGUGUUUUGUUUGCUUAUACUUGAAAUCACUUUUACAAUAUUAUUUUGGUGGCUUUCUUUUCUCUCUUCUGAUGGGCAACUGAAAAUGCAGGUGACAAGUUUUAAGGAUGUUUGAGGGGAGAAAAGGAAGGAUGUGGCAUUGUCUUUUUUAACCUAGAGGUUCAGUCAGACUCCCGUAUGGUAAAGUUGCUCAUCUUACUGGUUUAACAUGGACACAGAAACUAGGCACUUUGGUGGUUCACUUGCACGGCAGGCCGACCCCCUUUCUAUAUUUUAUUUUACUUUUUUAGUAUAGUGGUACUUAAAAUCACUGGUUCACUUAAAAAAAAAAACAAAAUGUUAAACUCUACUAAUGUACAAAUAAGCUGAAAAGUUGCAUUUUAUGUGUAUUUUUGCCAUAGCAGGUACUGUAUUUCUCAUGCUGGAUUUCAAAGUAUAUAUAUAUACAUAUAUAUAUAUACAUAUAUAUAUAUAUAUAUCAAAAACAAGCAAAACUGAAGGGUGGUGUUUUCUCAGAUUGUGACAGGUUGAGUGGUAAGGAAUAAAGUCGUAGUCAUUUCAUUAAAACUGAGAGAUGAUGUAAUGCAUAUAUAAGAGUUUUUUGAAGGGUUUUUUGGGCUUUUAAACAGCUUAUUUUGUUUUUGUUUAGUUUUUAUUUUAUUUUAUUUUGGAAAGAUAUGAUUGUAUUAUGUGCAACUCAGUUGCUUACAUUAUAACUACAAAAUAUUUUUGAGUUCCUGGAAAAAAAGAAAAAAGACUAAUAAAUGUGUUUGGCUGCUAAGCA